GGAAAGCGAAACCUGCCGGGCCAGACUUUCGCUUUCGCCGCCUCCGUGCACCACCCAGGUGGCCCCACGAUCGCCCCUCGCGCUGGGGUCCAAUCGCCGCGGGCCCCAGACUUGGCCCCUAGACGCUGCAUCCUCGAUGGCCAGUGACCCCUGGCGGAGGGAGGAAGGGAAGGUUCUCGACAGCAGGCGACCUAUGGCGGGGGCCGGGGGUCCCCUGCGCCUCCGCGACUGGCUGGUGGCGCAGAUCGAGAGCGGGCGCUACGCAGGGUUGCGCUGGGAGGACGCGGGCAAGACCCUCUUCCGCAUCCCCUGGAAGCACGCAGCCAAGCAGGGGUACCAGGCGCAGCAGGACGCAGCGCUCUUCAGGGCCUGGGCCAUAUACAAGGGCAAGCACCUAGAUGGCACUGACAAGGAGGACCCCUCCACCUGGAAGACACGGCUCCGCUGUGCCCUCAACAAGAGUGCUGACUUCUGUGAGGUGCGUGAGCGCAGCCAGCUGGACAUCUCCAACCCCUACAAAGUCUACCGGAUUGUGUCCAACGGUGCCCAUGGCCCAGGUACCAUCCUGCCCCUGGACGUAGUGGCCAAGGAUGGCUCUCUGGACAUUACCAGGGCUUGUGCUUCUCCUAAAGAGGAGGACAGUCCCCAGAGCCAGCAGGAGCCCCCUGGAGAAGUGAUGAAGCCAGCAUGCAGGACAGACCAGGCUGGCUCUGGAUUAGCCACAGAGGAUAAGGACAAGGAGCAGCCCCCCAAGCUGGCCCAGCAGGGCUCAUUGCCACCAGUUGCCCUGCUCCCGGGCCCUUUGGCUGACCACAGGUACCAGGCACAGCACCCCGCACAACUUUGGAGCCCCUUUCCCUCUGAGGACUUCAGCAACCCUGACUGCUGGCUGCACGUGCGGCUGUUCUACUGCGCGGAGCUGGUGCGUGAAACAAUCGCGCGCACAGCCGAAGGCUGCCAUCUGAGCCCUCAGACAACCGCCGCUGCGGCUUUGCGCCUGCUGGGGCCGCUACCGCGCGUCGCACAGGUUCGCUUCCCGGAGCCGCCGCCCGGCGCCCUUGUGCUGCAGCGCCUGCUGCCUCACCUGGAGCGCGGCGUGCUGUUGUGGGUGGCUCCCGAGGGCGUAUUCGCCAAGCGCCUGUGCCAAGGCCGCGUUUACUGGUGCGGCCCGCUGGCCCCGCACCGCUCACAGCCCAACAAACUGGAGCGCGAGCACACCUGCCAGCUGCUGGAUACACGCCGCUUCCUCGAGGAACUGCGGGCCCACCUGCAGGAUGGUUGCCCGGAGCCUGAGUACCAAAUCCGUCUGUGCUUUGGUGAAGAAUACCCGGGACCCCGGGACCAGCCUGAGGAGAGGCUCAUCAUGGCCCAUGUGGAGCCAGUCUUCGCCCGAGAGCUCCUCCUGCACUCGAAGAGCCGCAGCCACAGUGUCACCUCAGCGGCAAGUUCCCUCAUCCCCAACCACAUCACUCACCUAAUGACACAUCUCAGUCAGCCCUAAGCAUCCAUUUCCACCUCUCUGACCCUCUAAAGGCAGCCCCCCACAGGUUGCAGAUCCUACCCCAGCCCUGCCCAAACUGAGCCAGUAGACUUGGGGCCUCCCCACACCCACUGACAGCAGAAGCUGAUCGCAGACUUUGGCCUCUCAGCUGAAGAGAUGGAACCCUGGAAUGCAGCGUGUAGGCAGCCAGCCUGGCAGCUGAGCCUGGGGCAGCAGGUGGAAAACAAACUUGACCUUGAGAUUCUGGAAACAGCGAUGAGGGCAGAAGGAACAAGACUUUAUCUCUUUGUUGAAAGCCCAACAUGCCUGUAUCAGUUUACCUAAAGCAGACCUUACCUGUGAUUGAUCCAUUAUAAGCUUUGCUUAAAGCCGAGUUUACCAAUAAUUAGAUCCUCAGGAUUGUUUAGAGUGAGGCCAACCAAUAACAGAAUUGCCAGGGCUCUGAGGGACCCUGAGUUUCCAGACCUUUCCUCCUGCCUGCCACUAGGGUCAUCUAGUGCCCCAUCUCACUUCUUUUUGGGAAUGGGGAGUGGGGUGGGGAAAGGUCCCAAAACAGAGGACUUGGCCCAAACCCAGGUUAGAUGCUAACCCCUGAACCACCAGCACCAGUAGAUACUGUCUUUGGAGAAACUGAGGCAGGCUGCCAAAUAGAACCCUGAGGCAGAUGCCAAAGUGGGAGCCAGGAGUCCAGCUUCUCCUCAAUCUUUGCAAACUAUAAGUUGUAGGGAGUCCUUGAGAAUUGGGAGGAAGCCCCUUAACCAUGAAGGUAAUUGACCUUGCCUUGUCAGUAAUUCACUGUUUUCAGGCCCAGAUAGCAGACCUUUUUUCCUUUCAGGAUUUCUGACUUUAUUAUGUUGCCUCUUACAGGUGGCAACAUAAUAAAUCUCUUUUAGUGAUACAUUAAUAAGCUACUUUUAUGGGGUGAGACUGUAUGAUUCAACAAAGGACAGAAGUCAAUUAAAUCACUUUUUUUUUUACUUCAUUGAACUAAUGUUGAUUGAGCGCCUACUCUGUUCCAGGCCAAUGCUGGACACUGGGAAUGGAGCUAAACAACUCUUUUGGGAUUCACAGCCAGUUGGGAGUACAGUGACUGUCCUCUACCCCUGCCCCUCAUAGGAGAGGUGAUUGUAAGGAGUUUCAGAAUACUGGGUUGAAAUCCCAGCUUUUUCACUCACCAGCUGUGUGACCUUAGGCAAGUCACUUAACUUUUCUGAGUCUUAGAUUCCUCAUCUAUUCAAAAGAAGCUAUGAAGGCCUCUGGAGCAGGGUUGCUGAAGAGGGGAGGUGAGUGGGCCUGGCAUGGAGGGUGGUACAGUAGAUGCCCUCUGACUUGGUUACUUGUGGGUGGGAGAGCAUUGAGGAGGCUGUCUCAUCCUUCAGAAGGCCUGAUGUCUGUCCUGGGCUUCAUUGUCCCCCUAGCCCAAGGCUGUAGCUGGCAGGAACCUCAGUUCAGAGUGACAGUCUUCAGCCGUAUCCUUCUCUGUGCUAAGCUCUUGGAGGGCACUGGAUUCCAUGUAAGGGAGCCUGUUGUCUCCUCUCCACAGCCCAGACAGCUGAAGAGUCACCAGCUCUACUUUAGAGAUGGAAAACGGAGGCUCAGUCAGAGUCAGGGACCUUUUGGGUGAUGGGGGUGAUGUUUCUGCUCAGAUGGCUGUCCUCCCCGACACUAGUCACUAGAGGGCGCUGGUACUCAGCAGACCAGGUUUGGCCGCCUCUCAUCACUAUCCUAGGUCCACUUUCCCUCCUCCCACUGCCUGCUGGAAUUCACCCAGUGCAAGGAGGGCAGGGAAUAGUGUGACCCCAAGGGCUCUGCACUGUGGGGAGGAGUAGGCCACAGACCUGGGAGAAGGAGGAGAGGAGUAAAGGGGAACUGGAGAUGGGGACUUGAGAGGCCCCUGUGGCUUUUCUCAUGGAGACGCCCAGUUGUCUAACUCAGCUCUUAGAUUCUACCUCUCCGGUCUCUUGUUAGAGAUGAGUGUCUCUUUGUCUCUCUGCCCCUCCCUCUCUUGUGUCUGUACUUGUGUCUCUCUCUGUAUCUCCUAUUUUCUCUC